AUGAUUGAUAAUAAUGAUCGUUAUACAGCAUAUAUUAAUGUUGAAUUAAAUUUUCCAACAUCCGUAUCGAUUGGUUCAACAUUACAUGAUAAUACAUUACAAAAUGCUGAUAUUAUUAUCGCUAUACAUCCACCGAAUUUAUUGCCAACAAUGUUGGAUACAGAAUUUUAUCGUAUUGAUCCAAAUAAUUUAUAUGAAAUACAAUUUACAAAAGAAGUUACAAAAUUGAAAGAAGAACCAUAUCGUACAAAUUGUACAAAAUAUAAUCCAUUUGAUCGACAAUCUGAAAUAAACACCCCACGAUCAAGAAAUGAAUGUGUAAAUCUAUGCAUAUUACGUGAAAGUUUAAACAAUAAAAAUGAUCAACAACAACAACAAAAAUGUAUUUAUUAUCAUAAUGUUAUUAGUAGUUAUAUGUUAAAUUAUUUCGAAGGAAAAUUGGAUACAAUGAAUGCAAAAUUCUGUACAUCACGUAAUUAUUUAAGCUAUGUAAAUUUUACAAAAAUUCGUAGCCAAUGUUAUAAAGAUUGUCAUCCGGAUUGUAUUGAAGAAAAUUAUAAAACAACUAUCGAUGUAUCAAUUAUUGAUGAUGAUGAUGAUAAUGAUAAUGAUGAUGGUAAAAUUUUUACCAGUGCUGUUGGACCAUUUUUAAUUGAUGAACGUUUUUUUGCUACUGGUUUUAAUUCACGGGAUAAUUCAAUCGAAACAGCAAAUGUUAAUAAAAAACAAACCAAAUCAAUGAUAAUAAUAUGGCCAAAUCGUGAAAUGUAUCGUGAAGUUGAACAUGAAGGUGAAAUAAAUUUUUUUGAAUUAAUUGGUUGUCUUGGUGGUCAUGCACAUAUUUGGUUAGGUUUAUCAAUUAUACAAUUUUAUGAUGUAUUUGCUGAUCUAAUAUCACGUAUACGUUAUAGUUGGGAAUUGAUACGGCAAAAAUUUCAAUUUAUUCAAAAAAUUUAUCCAAAACAAAGAAAACCAUAUAAUCGGUGUCGUCCAUUUUCAACAAGUUUAAAUCAUCAACGAUAGAUGGUGUGUGGAAAAAAAAUUGGCAACAAAAAAAAAAUUUAAAAUUUGAAUUUUGAAUUUGAAAUUUUGUUUUUAUUUUCAAAAAAAAUGAUGACUUGUUGUACUU